AUGCCACGCAGGACGCAUAAGAAGUCUCGCAAUGGCUGUUUUGAAUGCAAACGUCGUCACGUGAAGUGUGAUGAGCGACGACCCAUCUGCUCCAAUUGCGAUGCUUCGGAACGACAGUGCCACUUCGCGGGGCCUGCUCCUUUAAUCAUCUCCUCUGCACAAGCUUCACCCAGCACCAGCCACGACUUUGCCUCUGCUUCUUCCGCCACCAACUCACCUGCCCAACAGGGUGUACAAGGCCCCUGUGGCCCCGCCUCAGAUCUUCCAGUUAACCUACUUCAUGUGGAGCUUCUUCACAAUGUAUUUGUGGAAAGUGCCAAUUGGGUUGACCCUCGCGAAGUAUCAUCUGGCAUGUCGUUUCCUGACAUGCUGAAAAUUGGCCUUGAAGCACCCUACCUCCUUAAUAUGACGCUAGCUAUAAGUGCUUUGAAUCUCAGCAUCACUAAGCCAGAUCGUCGACGCUUCUAUCGACAUCAUGCGACCCAACUUCAGAAUCAUGCAUUGAACAACUUCAAUAGCCUCUCACCUCAUUUCGACCAAGAAACCUGCAUCUCAACGUUCCUUUUUGCGUCGAUACUAGGCAUUUAUUUACUCUGCGAUACCCUUGUCCUCCGAGAAGGUCCUUUCGAGGGCUUUAUCGAGCGUUUCGUGCAGUAUCUUCGAGUCCAUCAAGGAAUACGAGCUGUCACAGCCGAAGGACGAUGGGGCAUCCUUCGGGAAACCAAACUUAAGCCACUCUUGGCCUUUAGUGAACUGCUUCCACCAAUAGAAUCUGAUCUUGGACCGGUGUGCGAAGCUCUAUUUGAACGUAUCGAAGCCACGGAAAAAGAUGAAGCAAGGCUCAACGUUUUUCGCCAGACAAUUCAAGCUCUUCAGUUGGUGAUGGCGGCGAUUGAUUUUAAGAAAGAACACUUAGGCGUCCAUGCUCUGGUGGCGUGGCCAGUCAUGGUGUCCCCAAAAUAUGUGGAUCUGGUAGCAUCAAAUCAGGGAGAAGCUUUGGUGAUUCUGGCACAUUAUGGCGCUCUUGUUCACUCUUGCCGUGAUAGUUGGGUAUUUCAAGAUGGCGGUCAGUUUUUGAUAGAAUCAGUUACCCAAUUCUUAGGACCCCCCUGGCGUGAAUGGCUUGAGUGGCCGUGGAAAGCCUUGACCUGA